UCAAAAACCGCUAUUUAGGCCUAGGUAAAAUAACACAUGCUACUCAGGCUGCAUAGUCGACUCAUGUAGCCCAGUCUCUUGACGUGGUUGCAUGCACUUUCUAGGCAAGAGAAUUAGUUCAGGGUUGAAUAGAACCCGAGACAACGCAAGGGAGAGUGAACUCUGAUGUGCUUGCUUUCACGCUCCUUGUUUCCUGUCCGCGUGGUUUGUGUUGGCUGCAUGUUUCCGUGGCAGCGACAAAGUGGCUCGUCGUUGCAUUGAGUGAGAAACGACAGUCAAAGCGAGAGCCCGUAGCAUUUGCUUACAUUUUUUUCACAUCCUAAGAGAGGACACCGCAACAUAAAGCUAAGCCUCAUUAAAGGAGACUGGUAUGUGUAGGAACACAGAAGCGUGAGGAACAGCACAUUUUCGCCUAGCAGCCUAAGCAAGGACAGACUUGACCCUCGCUUCUUUUUUUUUUAUAGAUAAACCUCGUUUUUUUUGUUUGUUUAGGUUUGAGAAAGCUGCAGUUUAAGCAAUUUCACCGUUUUGUUACCGCCCACUCCUGCAAAGCAACAUCUGGUUGGCAGAUUUUCAAUCGAAUCUCAUGUAUUUCGGUGAGGGCAUAUCCUAGUUAGGUCCUGUUUUGUGCUUUUCUUUUACCCACGUCCUGUCCCAAAUAAAAAAGGAGCGGCUAGUUUUUGAACGCUGCUCGUGAGAAAUUCCUAGUUAAGAUUCCAUUCGUUCCGAUGUGACAAGACAACUCACAGUGGUCAUCUGUUUUCAAGGCAAUACACAUGCAUUUCCAAAUUCUGCGUUUUUAUUAGCUAAAGCUUUGGCGGUCAUAAAUUGUUAGACAGGCUACAUUGUAAACAAAGAAGAAGAAGAGACUUAUCAAAGAAGAUGUUGCUUAAGGAGUACAGGAUAUGCAUGCCGCUGACUGUUGAGGAGUACAGGAUUGGCCAGCUGUAUAUGAUCAGCAAGCACAGCCAUGAGCAGAGUGACCGCGGUGAGGGGGUGGAGGUGGUCCAGAAUGAACCGUUUGAGGACCCCGCCCACGGUCAGGGCCAGUUCACUGAGAAACGUGUCUACCUCAACAGUAAAUUGCCCAGCUGGGCUCGAGCAGUGGUGCCCAACAUCUUCUACGUAACAGAGAAGGCCUGGAACUACUACCCUUAUACCAUAACAGAGUACACCUGUUCUUUCUUGCCCAAGUUCUCCAUUCACAUAGAGACGAAAUACGAGGACAACAAAGGCAGCAAUGACAACAUCUUCUCAGACAGUGAAAAUAAAGACCAGGAAAGAGAAGUGUGUUUUGUGGAUAUCGCCUACGACGAGAUCCCUGAGAGAUACUAUAAAGAGUCUGAGGACCUGCGGUACUUCAAGUCAGAGAAGACGUCGAGGGGCAUGCUGCAGGAGGGCUGGAGGGACACCCAGGAGCCCAUCAUGUGCUCCUACAAGCUGGUCACCGUCAAGUUUGAAGUGUGGGGCCUGCAGACGCGCGUAGAGCAGUUUGUACACAAGGUGGUGCGUGACGUGCUGCUCCUGGGCCACAGGCAGGCUUUUGCCUGGGUGGAUGAGUGGAUCGACAUGACGAUGGAUGAGGUGAGAGAGUAUGAGCGCACCAUCCAGGAAGCCACCAACGAGAAGAUUGGGAUUUUCCCCCCAUCGAUCUCCAUCAGCGAGAUGCCCCUGUCCUCCUGCACCCUCUCCGGCCCCGCCAGCGCCCCCACCACCCUCUGCACUGAAGCCCCAGAGUUCCUCUCCGUCCCCAAGGACCGAGCCCGCAAGAAGUCCGCCCCUGAGACCCUCACCCUGCCCGACUCCGCUACCCAGAACCAGAGUGGAGUCCCCCAGGGCUCUAUGCUGGUGCCAGUUCCAAAUCAAAAUCACUCCCCCUGGCCCUCCUCUGACUCUGACCAGGCUGGGUUAGGGGAGGAAUAGGAGGGACGGGAUGUUCUUUUCCCCAAUAUGCCCCGCCACCUCACUGUCUUAGUAGCCCAGCAAGACUAGCCUCUACGCCCCAGUGCCCAGUCCUCCAGGCCCAACUAACCAUAUCCCAGAGUUCAGUGCUUCUUACACAUAUCACCAGAGGUCAAAGGUCUAACCACCAGUUUCCAAUCUCUUACAUCCUCAACACAAGUCGGUUUUGUCAGCCUUCAAUGGAUGGCUUCCUCUUCCUGAGAUCUAGCCAAUCAGAUGUCUGACCGACUGUGACAACCACCUAAGCUGUCCAUCAAGAGAACAUAUCCACAAGGGGUUUUGUGUCCUGUCCUCAAUUAGCGAUCCCUGUGUUCGUCUUAAAAUAAGUUAUUGAUAAAAUGCCAGAUGGAUUCUCUUUUUUUUUAUAUAUCAGGUCAGCUGAUGAUCCUUAUGUAAUGUAAAUGUAGUUGCCAUAACACCACGAAAUUAGAGAUACAAUGAUAUUAAUAUUGUUUUGUGAACAUCUUUCCAUGGACUUCUCAGCCUACAAAUAUAUCAAAAUAUAAUUUGGACCUUGAAAUAAAUACACUUUUUAAAUUAACAAAAUGGAAGUAGGAGUACUGUAGUAUAGUUAGAUUUUAUAAAUACAUUGACACCACCUUUCACCUGGACAGAGGACAGACCAUUCAAAACUGAACCCAGAUCUGUGUAUGUUCACGUCUCCACUCCACACUCCUACUGAAACAGAUGCAAGAUCAGUACAAUCACAGAAAGAGAUCCCUUCUCAGGUCUCCAGAGCUCUGCCUCAGCCCUCUUUAGGAAGGGCAGGGAACGUAACCAUUCUCUCCUUGCUUUAAAACACAAUUUUUAUACCUGCACAGAUAUAUCUAUAUACUAUAUCUAUACUCACCUGUCUACUUAACUAACCUUUGGAACGUUUACACAACAUUAGAUAAGCCAUGAUAAAAUACAUAUUGGGUAUCAAGUUUGACAUUGAGGAGUGAUGCAGUCCGUUUAAUCAAAUUGGUAUAGCAACAGAACAGAUAUAACGAGGGAAAAUGACAUUUGGGGGAUAUGCUGUAAAUGUAAGUGAACAUUGAGCACAGUGGAGUUGAUAAGAAAUUCCAUGCUUUCGCAGGGCACUCGCUUCAACCUGGCCUUAUUCUAUGUACUUGGUUAUCUUUGCGUUGUGCGCAUUGUGUUUUUAGGAAUACCGAUAAUGUUGCUUGCCAAUGUUGGUUCUGUACCAGUUUCGGUGGGAUCCGAAAGUUAUUUUGACGCAACAACGUUAGCGGCGGCCAUCUUUUUUUCCCCCUGCGCUAGCCUCACCACUGUCAUCAGAAACUUUUGGAGGGGUGGGGGGGGGAGAAACAUUGAGGACUGAAGGUUUCUCUUUAUGUAAUGCCCUAGCUACUGUUUUAUACAAUCACAUAAAUGCAUAAAGGGGUCUCAUAUGCCGCAUGAAAUGUUCACAAACAUGUAUACAUAUGUGAAGUAUAUGUGUAUAUAAAUGGCAGGAUAUAUUGUGGAUGCGAAAUUGUAGAGAAAGCGAAUGUGCCGUUGUCCUAGGCUCUGUAGUGUAACCAUUGUAUAGUAAAGCGGAGUUUUAGCAGAGACUGAAACGGAGCAUGUUCUGAGAAGACAACUCUCUACUCAGUGCCUCUGCAUGCAAAAGUCUCUAUUGUCUCGUCUGAAUACAAAUCCAAAACAUUUCAAUGAAGAAAAAACAUCCCAUUUUGUUGUGAUGUUAAAGGGCAAUUGCACCACUUUUCAACCUCAUUUUCAUUAUCUCCAGCACAAUACCGGUGUCUGCAUAUGUGAAAAUGGCGCAGUUCUGCAUUUUGUAGAAAGAAAUAUAAAGUUACAAAGUUCUGCCCGAUGACAUCAUCAACCAUUUUUUUUAAACUGAUUUUCAAACACAUUGAGAUUCACGGUGACGUGGAGAAAUAAAAUACCCCCCUCUGGCUUGAAACUCGUUUCAGGUUUUGAAAAUCACAGUUUUUCUUCCUUUUAAUCCUACCUUGUAAUGUCAUAGAGAAGCAUUUAGAACCUUCUCUUUGCAACCACAGAUCAUAGAAACACACCGUUUUCACAUAUCUAGACACCCGUAUGGUGCUGGAGAUAAUGAAAAUUAGGUUGAAAAGUGGCGGAAUGGCCCUUUUUAAGCCUACUAUUCAAUGUAUUGCAAUUUCAAAACAUUGAUUUGAAAUACAGAUUCAUGUUAGUUGCUUUCAUCAUUGUUUUGUCCUGAAGACGUCACAUUACAUUACAUAUGUGGGCAUUUGCACUUUGUGAUGAGAAAGCGAAAUUAGCCGUUAACAAACAUACUGACUGUUAUAUCUCUGUUUUGUUGGACAAGCCGACUUGUUGGUCAGAUAUAGACCACUAUAGACCACUCUACACUAUAGACCACUAUAGACCACUCUACAGUGUCUAACCCCAAAAUGUCUCAUCUUUACACAAGAUGCUCACUAUCAUUCUAAACUGUACUCGUCUUUGCUGUUAAAUUUCCUGUGGGAUACAUGUGUUAAAUGAUAUUGACUAUGAGGAAUAAAAAAAAGUUCCAGGGAUAUGUUUGAGUGCCAGUAAACGAAUGGCUAUAUCAAAACGAACGCAACAUGAAAAUGCAUAACAUCCAGGGUCAGUUAAUUUUCGGAGAGAAGGUCGAGGUUUUAUAAAUAGUCAACUCUUUCAUUGUCGGUUGCAUGCUCCACGUAAGUUCAUGAAGACUUUUUGAGUGAGCUUACUGGAGCAUGGAACCGAAAGUGAAUGAGUUUACUAUUUACGGAACCUAGUCCUUCACUCUGGAAAAAUAACCAACCCUUGAGAUUAUACUUGUCAUUUUCCAUUUAGUUUUGAGAGUGCAAAAGUUUGGUUUGAAUCUACAACAUUUAAGGUGCAACGUCCCAUUUGUUAGUUCUCUUUAUCGAGCUGUUAAAAAAUCCACAGUAGAAAAGAACAUUGUAACUACAUACUGUACGUUACAACCCUAUGUGCAAAAUACAUUGAAAAUAGGUAUUUUUGGUUGAAAGGACAUUGAAAAUAGGUAUUUUUGGUUGAAAGGACAUUGAAAAUAGGUAUUUUUGGUUGAAAGGACAUUGAAAAUAGGUAUUUUUGGUUGAAAGGACAUUGAAAAUAGGUAUUUUUGGUUGAAAGGACAUUGAAAAUAGGUAUUUUUGGUUGAAAGGACAUUGAAAAUAGGUAUUUUUCAACAUAUUAUGCUCACUGUGAAAAGAUUUACUUAGAAUUUGGAACCUCCCCAUUGUAGUGUGCAUCAUCGACAUUCCAGUUGCUUUUGGUGAUCCUACAGCUCUUUGACAUAAUGACACAUGAUCUAUGAAAACAAUAUUUGAAUCCAUCUUUUUUUAGUUUCUAUUGGGGGGGACUGUGUUUACUUUUGAAUUUUUACAAUAUACCUUGACUCGGAGGUUGGUUUUCUGUUAUAAGUUUCACAAGUGCUGUAGUUUGAUUUUGUGGUUUGCUGUAUUUCAAAUGGCAUCUGUUCAUUCUAUGAAAAGGACCAAGCUUUCGUUGUGUCCCUCCUGGUGCGGCUUGCCAGGCUGUCGUGCUGUCUCCCUAGCUCUGGUCCAGGUUGUCACUGCUGCUUCCUGACACUGAGCCUCUUAAGCAGGAUGAGCGUUAGCAAUCCACACUAACACCCUGGACCAGAGCUACUGUUUCCCUAUCUGAAGUGCCAUCCUUGUUCGGCUACUGGAAGUCGCUCUGGGUUCUUCCACUGAUUAUACUUGUUAUAUUUUUACUGCCCUCCUUGAGGUACAUUUUGGUUCUCUGUUGUAAUUAUUGUUUCACUUUUUUCUUAAUUCUUGUAGUAAAUAAAGUUUACUUGCUACUA